AUGGCAGUGACCAAGAGUGGACCUAUGUUUUUGAAGGCGGUUGACUGUCCUGGUGAAAUCAAAGAUAAGUAUUUUAUCUUUGGUUUGAUGAAAGAAGUGAUUGAAGAAGUUGGUCCUCAAAAUGUGGUUCAAGUGAUCACAGACAAUGCUAAAAACUAUGCAGGUGCAGGGCUUCUCAUUGAAGGAUUGUAUCCUAACAUUGUAUGGACACCAUGUGUGGUCCAUACACUCAACCCUGCAUUGCAAAAUCUUUGUAUGGCAAAGAAUUUGGAGAAUAAUCAAGUUACAUACGAUCAAUGUUGUUGGAUCACAAUUCUUUCAGAUGAUGCUGUGUUUAUCAAGAACUUUAUCAUGAAUCAUUCCAUGAGGUUAGCCAUUUUCAAUGAGUAUGUACCUUUGAAGUUGCUAUCAAUUGCUAGUACUCGAUUUACUUCUGUGCUUGUGAUGUUGAAGAGAUUCAAGCUUAUAAAAGGAAGUCUUCAAGCCAUGGUGAUUAGUGAGCAGUGGAAUUCUUAUAGAGAGGAUGAUGCAGGUAAGGCUAAAUUUGUGAAAGAGAAGGUGCUAGAUGACAUUUGGUGGGACUCGAUUGAUUAUGUACUUUCCUUUACAGCUCCUAUAUAUGAUAUGCUUAGAGCUUGUGAUACUGACAAGCCUUGUCUUCACUUGGUCUAUGACAUAUGGGAUUCAAUGAUAGAAAAUAUGAGACUUGCAAUAUGUAGGCAUGAAGGGAAGCGAGUUGAUGAGACAUCAAACUUUUAUAACGUGGUGCAUGAAAUUCUUGUUAGUCGUUGGAACAAGAACAACACUCCACUCCAUUGCUUGGCUCAUUCACUAAAUCCAAGGUACUAUAGUGACCAACGGCUUCAAGAAGAUCCUACUCGUGUGCCUCCACAUAGAGAUGUAGAAGUUGCUAGAGAAAGAAUGAAAUGUUUAAAGAAGUAUUUCUCUAAUGCCGAAGAGAGGACAAAGGUUACAUUGGAGUUUGCAAAGUUUUCAAGCAUGGUGGGAGAUUAUCAAGAUUCUGAUUCCAUGUACCAUCGUUAUGGUAUGGAUGCUAAGAGUUGGUGGGUUACAUAUGGUGCAAGUUCACCUUUGCUUCAAACCUUAGCUUUGAAGCUACUUGUGCAACCUUCUUCUUCAUCAUGUGCUGAGAGGAAUUGGAGCACUUACUCCUUUGUUCAUUCGCAAUCUCCGUCUUUUAUCAAGAAAAACUUCACAAUAUAUGAAACGAGAAACCAAAAUGUGGGACAUUGCUAG